AAGAUGAGUAAGUGAGUGAAAACAUUAAUAAGUAAAUUAAAAUUGAUAUCUUAAAAGAAAAGAAAAUGUUUUAUUUAUUUAUUUUAAAAAAUGCUGCCAUCAACUUGUCUGAUCUUUAUCCUGAUGAUCUCAGGUGCAUACAAUAGACAAUAAUUCUUCAUCCAUCAAUAUAUUUUUAAUUCAUAUAAAUCAACUUCUUUAAUCAUUUGCUUUUGUAUGUGUCUAAUUAAAAAAACACACAUAAUAAUGGUUAAAUGUUUUCUUCAAGUGGUAAAGAAUUGUUUUUAUUCCUCCAGCUUGGAGUUUCAAAGGAGAGAAGGAGUCAAAAAUUUGGUAUUAAAAAAAAACCAAAAAAUUUUUUCUAGUUGUUUCAUAAGAGUUUAAACCCCUUCAUACUCAAUUGGGGGAAAACAUGGUUUAAAUAAAUAACCGUGAAAGUGUAAAAACGUGCAUGUUGGUAGAUUCAAGAAGAGAAUACAGUGUUUGCAGGAGGAAUGGGACAAACUAACACCUGCAACACUUAGUCACUUGAUUUCUGCAAUGCCUACACAUCUUUUAAGUGUUGUUAAAAGACAGGGGAACUGUACAAAGUGGUAAAUGCUGUAAAUUACCAUCUCAGGGAGUUUUUCUUUGCCACUGUUGCCAUUACUCUUGGCUUGCUCAUCAAAAACAUUUCAUUCAUCAAUCAUUCAUUCAUCUCAUUAUUAUCUGGACACAUUUUCUUUUUACACAUACACACUUCCAAAUAUACCAUUAAAAACAGUGUUACACGUCCAAAAGGUCCACCAUAAAAUUGAUAAAGCAAAAAGAAAUUAAUCUCUCAGCAAGGGCGUAAGACCCAAAAACAGAAAAAAACAGAUCCAUCAGCAAAGAAUCUACUGUACAAUGCCGUUUGCGUCCACAUGGUGGCAGCAACGUGUCAAAACAGCAUGGGGAGAGCUGCAACAACAAUUCCCCGUUCAGAAGUUCGCUUCUCUUUUUUAGUAGCGCGGAAAUACUGUCAGAAUAGUCUCACAUGUCAACUGUAAUAGGGCAGAACUUUCGCAAUCUCACAGUGCCCCAGCUCUAUUCAGAAGGAGACAAACGCUCACACAGCUCUCUUUCAGCGACUCCCCUCUCGUAUAAAGUUGGUGUUCGGCUUGUUUCCACAGCAAGUUUCACUUCUUCAAUAAAGCAGCUCAAGCUCGAUCCAGCCCCUCGUCAGCUCACUUCGGUACUCACUUACUGCAAUUCACGUACAAAAAUGAGUCAGGAAAAAAUCGCUGUGUUACUUUUCCCGCCACUAUGACGCUCUCCGUUGCCUCUGUUUUUUCCGCGUCAGUCGAACACACAAAAAAACUGUCGCUCCUCCUCCGCCUCGUCUCUCUUCCGCCCUGCCUCACGUUGCUUUCAGAAUCAGUUUUUUUUGUUAAAAAAAAAAACUUUACAUUUAGGCAUACACUCUUAUCCAGAGCAACUUACAUGUUUAUCUUAUUAUACAUCUAAGCAGGGCCCCACAGUGGCAACUUGGUGGUUGAACCUGGGAUCUUUUAAACCAUAGUCCAAUGCCUUAACCACUGAGCUACCCCUGACUCCUAAAAGAGGAAGGGGGCCCUUUACAUGACAUCUCCACACAAAUAAAUUAAUAAAUGAAUGAAUACUUCCCAUGAUGUCUAGUUAUUCUUGUAUUUGAUCAUUUUGCCCAACAAUUGCAAUAGGAAUAAGAAGUGAACUGUCAUUGUGUUCAUUCUGAAAUUAUAAAGCCACUUAUUGAUUUACAUAGAGGCAAUGAUAUAUUAAAACUCUGCAUAUUCUACAUCGCUUUUGAUUCGUUUAACAUGCACAAUUACUUACAGCAACUAAAUGAAAUCAAAAAGAUACCAGGUAAAGAAUGUAAAAUGUUGGAAGAAAAAAAAAAUAAUCUGGACAGCAAAGAGGAAACAGAAACAGAUCUACCACCGCGGAAACGAAAGUGAAAGUUAACAUGACGCAUAAACACUUGGCUGCAAGAUGAUUUUUUUUUUUUUAUCCAGGAAGCGUCAGAUUGAGCACCAGAGUUAAGCUGUACUGAGAAGCAGCAGCACAGCCCGAGCCGAAACUGAGACUGGAACUGGUGGACAGACACAAAGACAGAACUCUUACGGUGAAAACCUUCACCAAUGAUGUCCCUCAAAAUGCCACCUUCAUCUUGUCUGAUCUUUCUUCUGAUGGUCUCAGGAGCUUUCGGGAAUGAAUGGAGUGUGACAUACAGCCAGACAAAUCUCUGUGCUUUAAAAGGAUCUACAGUGUUAAUGAAUGGCUCGUACACACACCCAGCAUGGCUUACAGUGACACAUACAUUUUGGUUAAUAAACCCAUUUGAAGGUAAAGACACUGGUCUGUUUGAUGAACCAGGUUACUCAGACAGAGUGGAGUAUUUAGGAGAUGAAGAGAAACACUUCUCCCUCAGACUGAGUGACGUGAAGAAAUCAGAUCAAAAUGAAUACUACUUCAGAAUCAGAACAAAUGAAGAAAAAUGGCUCGGCCAACCUGGAGUUAUUCUUCUUGUUACAGAUCUUCAGGUGAUCGCUCCUGCAGAAGUAACAGAGGGACAAUCAGCCAUUCUGACCUGUGAAACCACUUGCAGUCUGACUGAUCCAACAUUUAUCUGGUACAAAAAUUGCCAUUGUUUAACCACAAACACAACCAAGAGCAAUGAAAUCCACCUGCAGCCGGUCAGCAGUGAGGAUGCAGGCAGUUAUAGCUGUGCUGUAAGAGGAUAUGAACAUCUCCCCUCUCCUGCUCAAAUCCUCAGGAUCAGAUAUCCUCCAAAGAAUGUCUCAGUGUCCAUUUCUUCCGAUGAAAUAGUGGAGGGCAGUUCAGUGACUCUGACCUGCAGCAGUGAUGCUAACCCACCUGUGGAGAUCUACACCUGGUAUAAGGGGACCAUGAUGAUAGGCAAAGGAAAGACCUACACCAUCUCCAAGAUUAGCUCUGGAGAUGGCAGAGAGUACAAGUGCAAGUGUAGUAAUCAAGCUGGACAUCAGGAGUCCAGCAGUGUAACUCUGAAUGUUUUGUAUCCUCCAAAAAAUGGCUCAGUGUCAAUUGUCCACAUUAACAUUGUGGAGAGCAGUUCAGUGACUCUGACAUGCAGCAGUGAUGCUAACCCACCUGUGGAGAUCUACACCUGGUUUAAGGUGAAUGAAUCCUCAGCUGUAGGAUCUGGACAGAGUUACACAGCUCUAAAGAGUGGACAGUACUACUGCGAGGCUCAGAAUAAACACGGCUCUGAGAGAUCAUCUGCACUGUCCAUCACUUUAAACAGAAGUUCUGUGAUUGUGUAUGUAUCUGCUACAGUUGGACUUUUUGGUCUUGCAGCUCUUCUCUCUGCACUCUUUUGGCUGAGAUUGAAGAAACAGAAGAAAAAGACAGAUUAAGACGAUUAUCAUGUGAGUAACUUAGGCUUAAGACGUUGAAUUACUGAUCAAAACCUCUCUAAUUUAAAUCUUAGUAGCACCAAGCUGCCACCGACCAAGAUCAGAACCUUCUAACAUUCUGCCCCUUUCUUUCUGCAGACACUUGUGUUUUGAUAACAAUAAUAAUGGUGUUAAUAUCUGUGUUUUUUCUUUCGGACUUUGAGGAACACAAUGAAUUAAAUGAGUGCUAAAAGAGCUGAUGAAUAGAGAGAGCUCCUCACUGAAGUUGAACUUGAACAGCUGAUGAAUAGAGUGAGCUCCUCACUGAAGUGGGGAAACUGAAUCGCUGAACACCAGCAACAUCAGCAACUUACAGACAUUUAAAUCAGACUUAAACAUUUUAUAACAGUGUGUGUAAUAUUUAUUCAGUCAGGUCUGUUUCAGUCAGCAGAUGAGUUUUCACUUUCACUUGUGCUUUUUCUUAACAACAAACUGGCCAGCUAGCAUUAGUGGUCAUGUUUACAAUCCAAAAUAUUUUAUGCCCCAAGUAUAGUAUAACAGUAAGUGUUAUACUAUCCUAUUAUAUUACAUACAUAAUAAAC